AUGAAUGUGAAAAACAAAGAAGGCAAAGAAAAAGAUGUAGGCUUUUACCGGUCGCUGCAUAGAGCAACACUGAAAGGUGAGUGGGAGAAAGCCAAAGAAUUCUUGGAACAAAACCAAGAUGCAGUGAGUGCGGACAUCACUGGAGAGGGGGACACAAUACUGAUGGUAGCUGUCAGUUCUCACACCAAGAAGAGAAAUCAUUUUGUUAAGAAGCUAUUGGAGUUUAUUGCAGUUACGUCAUCACAUGCGGAUUUGACUGUAAGUAAUGACAAAGAUAAUGAGGCAUUACUACCUCUCCACGUAGCUGCUUUACUUUGCUACAAGAAUAUGGUUCUUUACUUAAUGGACGUCACCGACAUUGAAGAAUAUGAGGAUAUUUUUGUUGGUUCUUUGAUAAUGCGUGGUCUAUACGAUGUUCCUCCGAAGUUGGAAGAAUCUACAUACAAUUGUAGUGGUGGAGACUUUGAGAAUCCUACCCAUUGUCACAUUUAUGUGCCAUGGAUCAAGGACGUCCGAGGGAUAAAAUGGAAGAAUGAUCAGGCAAUUCAACUUGUCAGACAUCUUUGCAUUGAAUAUGAAAAAUUAGAUUUUUCAGAAGCCAGAUAUAGAGUUGGAAGAUCAGUAUUUGCCACAACAACUUAUGGAAUUCCUGAAGUUGUUGAAGAGAUCCUUUCAAUAUUUCCUGAAGCAAUUUAUAGUAAAAACGAAAAGGGACAAAAUUUAUUUCAAAUUGCAAUUUUGAAUCGUCAAAGAGACGUAUUCAAACUUAUUUAUCAACUUUCUGACAAGUCAAUUAUGAAUUAUCUUUUAGCAUGGCCUGAUUCAUCGGGUAACACUAGUCUGGAUCUAGUUGCAUGUUUAAAGAAGAAACAAAGUAGUAAACUCAAAGCUGCUGCAGCUGGUGCAGUUCUACAAAUGCAACUUGAAUUGCAAUGGUUUAAGACUUCCUGA